AAUAGCACAUCUGGUCACACAAUUUGCACACGUUUUCAUCUGUGGGUGCGAACUGCAUGAAGUGGCCGCAAACUCAAUCGACGACGACAACAAUCAACAAAGAGCAACAUGCCAGAAGAACUAAGCAGCGCGGAGACGCCAACCGGAGAAGAUGGUCAACCAAAGACGGCCAAACAAUUGGAAAAGGAGGCAAAGAAAGCCGAGAAAUUAGCUAAAUUACAGGCGAAAUUGGACAAAAAGGCAGCAGCAGCAUCAGCAGCAGGCGACAAAAAGGAGAAACCCGAGAAACGCACCAAAGAGACAAAGGAAGCUGCAAUUUAUACGGCCAACACAGCGCCCGGGGAGAAGAAGGAUCUGAGUGGCGCACUGCCAGAUGCGUACAGUCCACGCUAUGUGGAGGCGCAGUGGUACAGCUGGUGGGAGAAGCAGGGCUUCUUUACACCUGAAUAUGGCCGUGAUUCCAUUGAUGCACCCAAUCCGAAUGGUAAAUUCAUAAUGGUCAUUCCACCGCCAAAUGUGACGGGUUCACUGCAUCUGGGUCAUGCGCUGACCAAUGCUAUUGAGGAUGCCAUCACACGCUAUAAUCGGAUGAAGGGACGCACCACAUUGUGGGUGCCUGGCUGUGAUCAUGCCGGCAUUGCCACCCAGGUGGUGGUCGAAAAACUCCUGUGGCGCGAGGAGCGUCUCUCGCGGCACGAUUUGGGCCGUGAGAAGUUCAUUGAACGCAUCUGGAAUUGGCGACGCGAGAAGGGCGGUCGCAUCUAUGAUCAGUUGAAGGCACUCGGUUCCUCCUACGAUUGGACACGUGUAAAUUUCACCAUGGAUCCGAAACUGUGUCGCGCUGUGACCGAAGCCUUUGUGCGUCUGCACGAGAAGGGUGCCAUUUAUCGCAGUUCGCGUUUGGUUAACUGGUCGUGCACCCUACGCUCCGCCAUCUCGGAUAUUGAGGUGGACAAGGUGGAGUUGACAGGACGCACAUUCCUCGCUAUACCCGGCUACGAAGAGAAAGUGGAAUUUGGUGUGCUCGUUAAGUUCGCCUACAAAGUGGAGGGCAGCGAUGAGGAGAUAAUUGUGGCCACCACGCGAAUUGAGACAAUGCUUGGCGAUACGGCUGUUGCCGUUCAUCCACAAGACGAGCGCUAUAAGCAUCUGCAUGGCAAGCAUGUUGUGCAUCCGUUCUGUGAUCGUCGUCUGCCCAUCGUCUGUGAUGAGUUUGUGGACAUGAAUUUUGGCACUGGUGCUGUUAAGAUUACACCCGCCCACGAUCCCAAUGACUACGAGGUGGGCAAGCGUUGUAAUCUUCCAUUUAUUACCAUCAUCAACGAUGAUGGCUUCAUUGUUGGUGACUAUGGCGAAUUUACUGGGCUCAAACGCUUCGAUUGUCGUAAACGGUUGCUGGAGAAGCUCAAGCAACUGGGUCUCUAUCGUGAGACUUUGAACAAUGCAAUGGUUGUGCCCAUUUGUAGUCGUUCCAAGGAUGUGGUUGAACCACUGAUCAAACCACAAUGGUAUGUUAGCUGCGCGGAUAUGGCUGCCUCCGCCACGGAAGCUGUGCGUUCCGGUGAGCUCAAAAUACUGCCCGAACAUCAUACGAAGACAUGGUACCAUUGGAUGGACGGCAUUCGGGAUUGGUGUGUGUCCAGGCAACUGUGGUGGGGACAUCGCAUACCCGCCUAUCAUGUGACCUUCAAGGAUGCCAGCAUCAAGGCAGGCACGCCCGAUGCCGAGGAGUAUUGGAUUGUGGCACGCUCGGAGCAGGAAGCAUUGAUAAAGGCUGCCGCACGCUUUGGUGUGAAUGCCAGUGAGAUUGUGCUGCACCAAGAUGAGGAUGUGUUGGAUACUUGGUUCAGCUCGGGACUGUUUCCGUUCUCCGUAUUCGGCUGGCCGGAUAACACAGCCGAUCUGCAGGCCUUCUAUCCAACAUCGCUGCUGGAGACGGGUCAUGAUAUACUCUUCUUUUGGGUGGCACGCAUGGUCUUCUUCGGUCAGAAGCUGUUAGGCAAGCUGCCCUUCAAGGAGGUAUAUUUGCAUCCGAUGGUACGCGAUGCGCACGGGCGUAAAAUGUCCAAAUCGCUGGGCAACGUUAUCGAUCCGAUGGAUGUGAUAUGUGGUAUUUCGUUGGAGGGAUUGCACGAGCAGCUCGUUGGCUCCAAUCUCGAUCCGCGUGAGAUUGAGAUGGCCAAGCUGGGCCAGAAACAGGACUAUCCGCAGGGCAUACCUGAAUGUGGCUCGGAUGCGUUGCGUUUCGCGCUGUGCGCCUACAUCACCCAGGCGCGCGAUAUCAAUCUGGACAUUAAUCGUGUCCAAGGCUAUCGUUUCUUCUGCAACAAGAUCUGGAAUGCAACGAAAUUCGCUUUGCUCUAUUUCACGGGCAAGGAACGCUACAAUACACAGAUCACACUCGACGACGAAUCGAAUCGUAUGGAUGCCUGGAUUCUCUCCAGAUUGGCGGCCACCAUUGACGCCUGCAACACGGGAUUUGAGGCGUAUGAUUUUGCUGCUGUGACCAGUGCCUGUUAUGCCUUCUGGCUCUACGAUGUCUGCGACGUUUAUUUGGAGUGCCUCAAGCCCAUCUUCCUGAGUGGCAGCCAGGAGCAGCAGGCGGCGGCCAGGCGCACUCUUUAUGUUUGCUUGGAUUACGGACUGCGUCUGUUGUCGCCCUUCAUGCCUUUCAUCACGGAGGAGCUAUUCCAGCGUCUGCCACGCGCCGACAACACGCCCAGCAUUUGUGUAUCCAGCUAUCCAACCAACACUUCCUGGCGCAGUGCUCAAAUCGAAACUGAUGUGGAAUUUGUGCAGAAAGCAGCUCGCAUCAUCCGCUCGGCGCGUUCCGAUUACAAUUUACCAAACAAGACGAAGACGGAGGCAUUUAUUGUGUGCACCGAUGCUGCACCCAAUGACAUACUCAAGCGUUAUGUCAGCGAACUGUCCACGAUCGCCUACUGUUCCACGGUGACUUUUGACAGUCAGCCACCGGCUGGUUGCGCCAUUCUCACCGUUUCGGUGCAGUGUGAGGUGCAUCUGCUGCUCAAGGGAUUGAUUGAGGCGGACAAGGAGAUUGCCAAGCUGCAAAAUAAGCGCGAUCAACUGGAGCAGACUGUCAGCAAGCUGAGCGCAGCGAUUCAGGCACCCGAUUAUGCCACCAAGGUGCCAACUGGAGUGCAAUCGGCCAAUGAGACAAAAUUAACCGAAUCCCGCACUGAAAUCGAACGCAUUGCGGCUGCUAUUGAAACGCUUAAGCUCUUGUGAGCUCCCAGUCCACUCCAGGACCUGGACAGGCUGAGCUCUGGCUGCAUUCUAUUGAUAUUCACUUAGACGCUUGAUGACUCUAAACUCGCUAUAAACAGUAGAGAAAAAACCAAGCUACGUUUGCAUUUUACGUUUUGCUUUUUAAUUUGAUUAUUAAUUUAUAGCUACAAUUUAUAAAAUAUGUGCUAACUUAUUAAAUGCAAUACAAGAAUUUUUCAAAUCGCAAUAUUUAUAUAAAAGAAA